AUGUAUCGCCCAAAGCUGCAGAACGUUGGAAAUCUCGGCCAGGUCACCCUGCUGCUGCUGAUCACACUGCUUCCUCCGAUUCAGGGACUACUCCUCUAUCCCGCCUCAACGGUCCUCCAGAUCACCUCCUCGAUCUCCAUACCCGCCGACCUGCCCACCCGCACCAAGGUCUUCAUGGACAUGGGAUUCCAGAUGAACUACAACCUCCCAGCCACGGUGUCCGCCUUCUAUAACUCCACCAUCUGGGCGGAUGAGCUGGCCCGCAGGCAAAGGCGGCAGUUGGACAAUGGAAUGGAUACAAACAUUCAGGAGUUGGACUUGGAGGCUGGCAUGCAUCCGGCUGACUUUACGGCCGGUCAACUUUAUGCGGGUCUGGAGCACAUGCUGGAGUCCUACGGCUUCCACAGAUCCUGCCUCCUGCGGAGUGUCUGCGAGUUGGCUCUCCAUCCCUUUGCCGAGGACCACUACUACGGAGUGGUCACUCAGGUCAUCACCUUCCUGCUCACACCCUCCCAACACGAAGGCUUCACCGAGGACGAGCGGCUUUAUAGGGAAAGGUAUGAAAAAGCGGAGCAGAUUGGCUUCCUCGGAGGCCAAUGCCACCUCUCAUAUCCCCGCUGUGAAACAGAUAUCAUAAACUUGGCCACCCGACUGGUCAGAUGA